AUCAUCAGAAGGCUCUUACAGAGCCCUCUGCGAAGAAGUAGAAAGAAAAGUGGGAACUUUAUCAACUACUUCUUGUAAUAAGUAUUAUUUAAUCAAGUCACCAAUAUAACAAUUCCUUUUGUAGAGGUCCCAGGACCUCAUUGAUCCCGGGAAAAACGGAUUAAGCGACAGAUUGUGUCGAGGAAGAUCAAAUUUGUUCGCACGUCGACAUCGUGACGCAAAAGCAAAAUGGCGACGGGAGAUUCAACUGCUCCGUUGAAAGAAUGCAAGAAAGUGCAGUUUGGGAUCCUCAGUCCUGAUGAAAUCAGGCGUAUGUCCGUGGCGGAGAUCAAGUACCCAGAGACCAUGGAGGGGGGACGCCCCAAACUGGGAGGUCUCAUGGACCCGAGACAGGGAACCACAGACAGAAUGUCCAGGUGUCAGACGUGUGCAGGCAACAUGUCCGAGUGCCCAGGUCACUUUGCUCACAUCGAGUUGGCCAAGCCCGUCUACCAUGUGGGUUUCCUCACCAAGACCAUCAAGAUCCUCAGAUGUGUCUGCUUCUUCUGCUCCAAAAUGCUGGUGGAUGCAAACAACCCUAAAAUCAAAGAGAUCAUCGGCAGGUCCAAAGGUCAGCCCAGGAAAAGACUGGCUCAUGUUUACGACCUGUGCAAAGGGAAGAACAUUUGUGAGGGAGGAGACGAAAUGGACAAAGAGCCAGAAGAAGGCGAAGGGGAUGCCAAAAAGGGCCAUGGAGGCUGUGGUCGCUACCAGCCUAAAAUCCGCCGCAUGGGUCUUGAACUCACAGCAGAAUGGAAGCACGUCAAUGAAGACUCCCAAGAAAAGAAAAUCAGCCUGUCGGCUGAGCGCGUUCACGAAGUGUUCAAACGCAUCUCAGAUGAGGAGUGCAUAAUUCUUGGAAUGGAUCCAAAAUUUGCUCGCCCAGACUGGAUGGUUGUCACAGUGAUGCCCGUGCCACCCCUGGCUGUGAGGCCGGCAGUGGUCAUGCACGGGUCAGCCAGGAAUCAGGAUGACUUGACCCACAAGCUGGCAGACAUAGUGAAAGCCAACAAUCAGCUGAGGAAGAAUGAACAGAACGGUGCAGCCGCCCACAUCAUAUCUGAGGACACCAAGAUGUUACAAUAUCAUGUGUGUACGCUGACAGACAACGAGAUGCCAGGGCUGCCAAAGGCAACACAAAAAUCUGGUCGACCUCUAAAAUCCAUCAAACAGCGACUGAAGGGUAAAGAAGGUCGAGUCCGUGGAAACUUGAUGGGUAAACGAGUGGACUUCUCUGCCCGUACGGUCAUCACGCCUGACCCUAACCUGAGGAUUGACCAGGUCGGGGUCCCUCGGACCAUAGCCCAGAACUUGACCUAUCCAGAGAUUGUGACACCUUUUAAUAUUGACCACCUCCAGGAGUUGGUGCGUAGGGGGGAUAGUCAGUACCCAGGAGCCAAGUACAUCAUCCGCGAUAACGGGGACAGAAUUGACCUGAGAUAUCACCCCAAACCCAGUGACCUACAUCUACAAAUUGGAUACAAGGUGGAGCGUCACAUGCAUGACAACGACAUCGUCAUCUUCAACAGACAGCCCACACUACAUAAAAUGUCCAUGAUGUGUCACAGAGCCAAGAUUCUGCCCUGGUCCACCUUCAGGCUUAAUCUCAGUGUGACCACCCCCUACAACGCUGAUUUUGACGGUGAUGAGAUGAACUUGCACUUACCGCAGACUGUAGAGACACGGGCGGAGGUCAUGUCACUGGCGCUGGUUCCCCGUAUGAUCGUCACGCCCCAGGCUAACAGACCCGUCAUGGGCAUUGUACAGGACACGCUCACUGCUGUGAGGAAGAUGACCAAAAGAGAUGUCUUUAUUGAAAAGGCUGACAUGAUGAAGCUCCUGAUGUACCUGCCUUCGUGGAACGGUCGCAUGCCCAUGCCAGCCAUAUUGAAACCCAGGCCACUGUGGACGGGAAAACAACUCUUUAGUCUUGUCAUUCCAGGACGUGUAAACGUUAUUCGUACGCACAGCACGCAUCCAGACGAGGAGGACAAUGGUCCAUACAAGUGGCUGUCACCUGGUGAUACCAAGGUGCUGAUAGAAGACGGAGAAUUGAUCAGCGGGAUCAUCUGUAAGAAGACAGUAGGUCCAUCAGCUGGGUCUCUCAUCCACAUCCUGUUCUUGGAGAACGGCCCCAUGGAGGCUGGCCUCUUCUACGGCUACCUUCAGAUGGUGGUCAAUAACUGGCUUCUUAUAGAGGGUCACUCCAUUGGUAUUGGGGACACCAUUGCUGACCCCCAGACCUAUGUGGACAUCCAGACCACUAUUAGGAAGGCUAAGAAUGACGUGAUAGAAGUGAUAGAGAAGGCUCACAAUGACGAGUUGGAGCCCACCCCAGGCAACACCCUGAGGCAGACUUUUGAGAACCAAGUCAACAGAAUCCUGAACGAUGCUCGUGACAAAACUGGAAGCAGUGCCCAGAAAUCUCUGUCUGAGUACAACAACUUCAAAGCUAUGGUGGUGUCUGGUGCCAAAGGAUCCAAAAUUAACAUCUCACAGGUCAUUGCCUGUGUAGGACAACAGAACGUUGAGGGUAAACGUAUCCCGUUUGGCUUCCGCCAUCGUACUUUGCCCCAUUUUAUCAAGGAUGAUUACGGGCCAGAAUCCAGAGGGUUCGUAGAGAACUCGUACCUUGCCGGGCUGACACCUACAGAGUUUUUCUUUCACGCUAUGGGAGGACGUGAGGGGUUGAUUGAUACUGCUGUCAAAACUGCAGAAACAGGGUAUAUCCAGCGUCGUCUGAUCAAGGCUAUGGAGAGUGUCAUGGUGCGCUAUGAUGGCACCCUGAGAAACCAGGUGGACCAGGUGAUGCAGCUGAGGUACGGAGAGGACGGGCUGGCCGGGGAGUAUGUGGAGUUCCAGUCUCUCCCCUCCCUGAAACCUUCCAACAAGGCCUUUGAGAAGAAGUUCAAAUUUGACGUCUCCAAUGAGAGAGAUCUCCGUAAAACCCUCAGUGAGGAGGUGGUGAAGGACCUCCUGGGUGAUGCCCAUGCCCUGGCAGAGAUGGAGGCGGAAUGGGAACAGCUGAAGGAGGACAGAGAGAUACUGAGACAAGUUUUCCCAAAGGGAGACAGUAAGAUUGUGCUGCCAUGCAACCUGCAAAGACUGUUGUGGAAUGCCCAGAAAGUGUUCAGAAUUGACAACAGGAAGCCGACCAAUCUCCACCCUCUCAAGGUUGUUGAAGGCAUCCGAGAGCUGUCAAAGAAAUUCCUUGUUGUGAAAGGAGAGGACAAAAUUAGCAAGCAGGCCAACCAGAAUGCCACCAUAUUGAUGAACUGCCUGGUGCGGUCUACGCUCUGUGCCAAGAAAGUGACGGGAGAAUACAGGCUGUCAUCUGAGGCUUUUGAUUGGCUGCUGGGAGAGAUCAAACAUCGCUUUGAUCAGGCUAUGGUGAACCCAGGAGAAAUGGUGGGGGCACUUGCAGCCCAGUCCCUGGGAGAGCCUGCCACCCAGAUGACACUGAACACUUUCCAUUACGCUGGUGUCUCGGCCAAGAACGUCACCCUUGGUGUCCCUCGUCUCAAGGAAAUCAUUAAUAUCUCCAAGAAACCAAAAACACCGUCUCUGACAGUGUUCUUGAUUGGUCAGGCUGCGAGGGAUGCUGAGAAAGCCAAGGAUGUGUUGUGCAGACUUGAACACACCACUCUGCGUAAAGUCACGGCAAACACGGCCAUCUACUACGACCCAGACCCUCAGAAUACAGUGAUAUCCGAGGACCAGGAGUGGGUCAACGUCUACUACGAGAUGCCGGACUUUGACCCCUCUCGUAUCUCCCCCUGGUUGCUGCGUAUUGAACUGGACCGCAAACGUAUGACGGAUAAGAAGCUGACCAUGGAGGCCAUAUCUGAGAAAAUAACAGCAGGCUUUGGUGAUGAUCUCAACUGCAUCUUCAACGAUGACAACGCAGAGAAGUUGGUUCUGCGUAUUCGUAUCAUGAACUCAGACGGGCAGAAGUUUGACGAGGAGGAAGAGGUGGUGGACAAGAUGGACGACGAUGUGUUCCUGAGGUGCAUCGAGUCCAACAUGUUAACAGACAUGACCCUGCAGGGAAUAGAGCAGAUAUCUAAGGUGUACAUGCAUCUGCCCACCACUGAUGACAAAAAGCGUAUUACAAUCACAGAGGAGGGGGAGUUUAAGGCAAUAGCAGAGUGGAUCCUGGAGACAGACGGGACCAGCCUGAUGAAGGUGCUCAGUGAACGCGACGUUGACCCUGUGCGGACGACUUCCAAUGACAUCGUGGAGAUCUUCUCUGUCCUUGGUAUUGAAGCGGUGCGUAAAGCCAUCGAGAAGGAAAUGAACCAUGUGAUCUCCUUUGACGGCUCCUACGUGAACUAUCGUCACUUGGCGCUGUUGUGUGACGUCAUGACAGCCAAGGGCCAUCUUAUGGCCAUCACACGUCAUGGCAUCAACAGACAAGAUACUGGAGCUCUGGCCAGGUGCUCUUUUGAAGAGACGGUGGACGUACUGAUGGAGGCCGCAGCACACGCCGAGUUCGACCCCAUGAAGGGUGUGUCUGAGUGUAUCAUGCUUGGACAGCUGGGAAAAAUUGGAACAGGAUCCUUCGACCUCCUCCUGGAUGCUGAGAAGUGUAAAGCUGGCAUGGAAAUUCCUACUAAUGUGGGUGGAGGAAUGAUGGGACCUGGUGCAGGAACAGGUAUGUUCUUUGGUUCCGCAGGCAGUCCCACCAGUGCCAUGUCUCCAGCCAUGACACCUUGGGCCCAGGGGGCAACACCGUCAUAUGGAGCAUGGUCACCAGGAAUAGGCAGUGGGAUGACACCAGGGGCGGCUGGGUUUUCACCCUCGGCCCAUAGUGAUGCUAGCGGCUUCAGUCCUGGUUAUAGCCCAGCAUGGUCUCCACAGCCAUCAUCACCAGGAUCGCCCAUCAGUCCUUACAUUCCCAGCCCUGCUGGAGCCAUGUCACCAAGCUACUCGCCUGCGUCACCAUCAUAUAUUCCAAGCUCGCCAGCGAUGACUCCACAGAGUCCAAGUUACUCUCCUACUAGUCCGAGCUAUUCACCAUCAAGCCCAGGUUAUUCACCAACGUCGCCGACAUACAGUCCAACAUCACCAAGUUACUCACCAACGAGUCCAUCGUACAGCCCAACAUCGCCAUCAUACAGCCCGACUAGCCCUAGUUAUUCACCCACAAGCCCAAGUUACAGCCCGACAAGUCCUAGUUACUCGCCCACGUCGCCAAGUUACUCUCCAACCAGUCCAAGUUACAGUCCAACUUCGCCCUCAUACAGCCCUACCAGUCCAUCAUAUUCUCCAACCUCACCGAGUUACUCUCCAACCUCACCUAGUUACUCUCCAACCAGCCCCUCCUACAGCCCUACCAGCCCCAGCUAUUCACCCACCUCUCCAAGUUACUCUCCAACAUCUCCAAGUUAUUCUCCAACUUCACCAAGUUAUUCUCCUACCUCUCCCUCCUAUUCUCCAACCAGUCCUUCUUACUCCCCAUCCAGCCCAUCCUACAGUCCAAGCUCUCCAAGUUACUCUCCAACUAGUCCUUCUUACUCUCCAAGCAGCCCUUCAUACUCUCCAAGCAGCCCGAAGUUCAGCCCAGCCAGUCCUUCUUAUUCUCCAACCUCCCCCUCAUAUUCUCCCAGCUCGCCUCAGUACUCUCCCAGUUCUCCACAGUACACUCCAACCUCACCCAAGUACUCUCCAACCAGCCCCUCAUACUCUCCAACCUCCCCCAAGUAUUCCCCAGCCUCUCCAACCUACACCCCAACAAGCCCCAAAUACACCCCGACUUCACCUGAAUACAGCCCAAGCUCACCCCAGUACAGCCCCAGCUCUCCAAAAUAUUCCCCCGCAAGUCCAACCUACUCUCCAACCUCUCCUAAGUACUCUCCUGCCAGCCCUACGUACUCUCCAACCAGCCCCAAGUACUCUCCAACCAGUCCGACAUACUCUCCAACCUCCCCCAAGUACACACCCACUAGCCCCACUUACACGCCUACCAGUCCUACUUAUACACCAGACGAUGACCAGGAUAAGGAUUAAGAACUACUGGAUCCUACUGACCAACACGUCGGUCAUCUUGUGUUAUGUUAUCAUUGGCACUGCUAUGGUUUUACUAAGUAUGACAGAACAGGAUCAAGGCAGAGAAAAACUGGACAUUCUGUUUGAACUUGAUUCUUGCCGGUGGAACAUUUUGAAGUGGAACAUAUUGUUUUGAUUUUAAAAAAUGCUGCUUUGAGAAGUUCUCAAACCAUAAUGGACUCUUGCAAAUGAAAUAAGGGGCAAGGAAUUUGAGUGCUUCACAGAAAACAGAACUAGACAGCUUGUAAAUAUGCAGAUGGGCACGCGAUGAGGAAGCUUAAUAGCCUGGUGCCUAGCACGACAAGGUCGUUUUUAGAUAACUAUUUCAGUUGAUUAAAUGGGCUGUGCAUUUGGAACUGAAGUACAGUCAACAAACUUCAUGAAAUGAAGUUUUCAGCAAAGAAGUGGAGAACCGUUUAUACUGAACUGAGCUGUGUAUAUUGCUUGAGUUACAUUGUACAUAUUUUGUAUUCAAUAUGUUGUGAGCAACUUUGGUAUAUAGUCAUUUGAGGAAUGAAAAUUAUGUAUUGAUUUUCUUUGAAAAAAAGUGGUGAUAUAUAUAUAUCUAACAUAGAAAAAAAACACCAGGACCUGAGUAAAUUAUAUUUUAUUAUAAUACAUGAUCCGGUGAAAGGCAAUAAAAGUUAAUUUUUUGAGGACAAAGGAUACGUAUGCUUUUCUUUUAGUAGACAGUAGAUAUGGUAGUUACUCAAUGAAUGAAAUAUUUUGAUUUCUACGUCUUGAUAUGUUUCGUUUCAAGCAGUUGAAGUGUUUUUUUUUUUCUGAAAAAUAAAAGAGUUGGAUACUUGUUACUGAUGAAACUUGAGCAGAAUAAAUUGAAACGGGUGUGUGAAAUUUGUGAAUAAUUACCGUUCCACAGCAGAAGAAGCUUAAAAUCACAUUUGAAGUGUAAAAUUAGUGUGUUGUAGACGGUGAGAGAACCGGCGUGAAACUUCCGCUGAAGACGGAAAAUCACUAGUUUUUAAAGUUCACAUAGCUUUCACACUUAAGUUCUUGUUCCUCGUAAAUAAUCAAAAACUAAUAAGAUCAUUUAUGUAUGUGGUUUAUAUUUAAGAAAGUUGAACUUGGGUAUGUCUUAAUUGUUUAAUGAAGAGAACUCGAACAGCACACUUGUCUCCGGAUUUGCUCGUCUUCAAGCUUGUAAUGAACAGCAGCAGUGCCAGUGUGGUUUCCAUCCUUAGUUUUUUUCGUAAUUGUAAAUCUUAUUUAUACGAGGAAAUGAUAUAUUUGUAAAUAACCUCUAUUGAAGUGAUCGACCAUGUACACAGUACAAGUAGAAGCUUUGAAAAAAGGUUGUUACAAAAAUGUAUUCUGUAGCAUGAGUAUUUGACAAUGGGGAAUGCGCGGUUCGGUUUUAGAGAUUCUAAGAAAAAGUUUUUGUCGCCUGAAGUGGUAAUGUCAUAAAUUGUCAUUACCUUUGUAUUACAUUAUGUUUGUAAAAUGAUGAAAAAGAUUGUACAUAAAAUCUCAAUAAAAAAGG